AUGGAUGCCAAUCAGGGUAACUUUGAAGCUGCAGUGAAGCCUGACUCUGCUAAGAUAACACCAAGAAAACUCACCUGUUCUACAGUGGAAAGGUGGAAAACCCAAGACCUGGUACUGUGCAAAGCAGGUUCUUGGCUAACCUAUGAUAGCGAGGAAACUAAAAGAGGACAUCAUUGUGCUGCACUUAAAUGUACUGAAAGGUAUGUAGUCAGUUUAAAUCUGUGAUUAAAAACAGACCCAAGUUCUCAAGAACCUUUAUUGAUGGCUCAAACAACUUUAAACUUACAAACUUGGUAGACCAUGCCAAAUCUGAUAUUCACAAAAUAGCCUUUUCUCUCCACAAUAAGCAGCAAGGUCAACUUCCAUCCACAGCAAGCAACAGUAAACAGCAAAAUCAACCAAAGUUAGAGUUUAAUCUUAAUUGAAUUAUGAAGCUUGGGAUUGCAGAAGCAGUGGAAAUGAGUCAAUGGAUGAGGUCAUUUACACUAUGUUAGCCACUUCCAAGAUCCCCUCCAACAACACAGACUCCAGGCAUCACAGCUGCAAGUGGUCAGUGAAUGGCACGACAUGCCUGACUACACAGUGCAAUAUUUGUCACCUUCUCCCCAUUAUAGAGCAAUAUGGUACAAGCUUUUCCACUCUUCAAGAGCUUUGGAAUGGCAAAACAUUCUGUUGUUCAUCUGUUUACUCUUCACUCUUCCUGUAUCCAAUGUAGCCUUGGAGAGAAUAAUCAGCAACUUGGGAAGGGUAAAGACAGCCAAAAGAGCUUCACUCUCCCAGGGAACUCUUCAGGAUCCUAAGAAUCCAAGCUAG